CUGUUAUGUUUGUUCCCUUCUUUCACGAUCACUUUGAUCGUCAGCAUUUCAUCCUGUCAUGAUGAGUGUGUAGUGUUAACUACUUCACUUAGUGCCUAGCUUCCUGAUCAACUAAUUAAUUAGCUUUGCAUGCUCAUCUGGUAAUUAAUUGACGGUCGCAGUCGUCGUCGUCUCAUCUUUGGUUUCUCCUGAGCAAUCCAUCGCUAUAUAUCUAUCUGUCUAUGUCCGCAUCCAAAGCAAGCAGCGGAAGAAGCGAGAUGCAUCGAUCAAUGGCUGCAGCGCAUCGAAGUCCACGAGCUACUCGAUCUGUCGUAGCUCGACGGCACUAAUUAGGUAGCUAGAGUAGUUAAUUAGCUAGGAUUAAUGGCGUCGCCGUCGUCGUCGUCAGUGAUCUCCAUCUUCCUCCUCGUGGCCGGCGUCGCGCUGAUGCUGGUCGUCCACAUCAUCGUCGUCCUCUGGGCGCUGCGGCGCGGACUCGGCGGCCGGGGGUCGCGCGGCGAGGAGGAGGGGAACGGCGGCGGAGGAGGAGGAGGAGGAGGCAAGGGCCUGUCCGCCGACGAGCUCGCCGCGCUGCCGUGGCACGAGCAGGCCGCGAAGGGCGGCGCAGCAGCAGGCGGCGGGGACUGCUGCGCGGUUUGCCUGGAGGCGCUGGAGGCCGGGGACCGGUGCCGGCGGCUGCCGCGGUGCGAGCACAGCUUCCACGCGCCGUGCGUGGACUCGUGGCUCAGGAAGAGCCGGUGGUGCCCCGUGUGCCGCGCAGACGUGGUGGUGGUUGCCCGGCCGGAGGACGACCGGCCGAAGACGGCGGCGGCGGCGGCGGCGGAGAGGACCACGCUGGAGAUCGUCGCCGAAAGAUAGCUAGCUAGCUUGCUCUAUGUAACUGUAGUAGGAGUAGCUGCUAUGGUGUGCUG